AGUCCUUGCUGUUCUAAAAGGCUGCUGGGGAUUGUGUUUGUAUGGCGAGGACAGAUGAAGUGAUGUGAAACGCGCGGUUCCUUUAAGUGGCGCGUGCACGGAUGAGUCUCCUCGUACCGGACACAGACGCGCGGCUAUUUUCUCUCAUUAGAAUCUGUCUGCCCCCCCCCUCCUGUGUCAAAUGCAUUACUGAAUCCCACCCCCCGCACCGCCCAAGGUGAAAGGAUUAGCGUGCAUUUAUGAUGUGAGAGCUCAGUCAGAGCGACUACAAGAGAGAGAAGUGGGGAGGGGGUGGGGGGUGAUGCGUUUGUAGUGUUGCCGCUUUACAAUGGCUGAACUCUUGUUCCUCGUGUGCUGAGCUGGAUUGCGUGUCCACACAGAUGUGCUGGCAGGCUUGAGAGAGACAAAACAAGAAAAAGGGAGAGAGGAAACAAGCAAGCCGAUCCAUGCUCUGUCGUUUUGCACAGACGAAGUCUUCCAAUCGAGAUUAUCGAGGGGCCCGGAUUACAGGAGGGCGCACUCGGGCAGAAUGGCUUCGUUAAUCAGCUGGGGAAGUCGUAGCCAUUCUGCCUGCUUGAUCGUUUGAACCCGGACCUGACCCUCCCCCCCAGCUGCCCCCACUGACUACUUACAUAAUCCCGAGUUUCUUCACCUCUCUACAUUAGAGGGUGGUGAAUCGGGAAGGGAGGAUUUGACGCCUUCUGGAUGUAGUGCAAAAAUUGUCCACCUUGUUGUUUUGAUUUUUUUGGGGGUGGGGGGGAGCCACAAUGUUUGCCGUGCGGAUCGUCACAGCGGAUUACUACCUGGCCAACCCUCUUAAGGAUCUGGAUGUGUGCUACUCGGAGUUCCGUGGCAGCGACGUUAAGAAGGUCCCAGUGGUCCGGAUUUUCGGGGCGACACCCGCAGGCCAGAAGACUUGCCUCCAUGUUCACGGCAUCUUUCCCUAUAUCUAUGUCCCUUAUGAUGGUUAUGGACAGGACCCAGACCGUUACCUUCAUCAGGUGGCAUUCAGCAUUGACAGAGCCCUUAAUGUUUCUAUGGGCAAUCCAUCCUCCAAUUCUCAGCACAUAUUUAAAAUCUCUCUUGUUUCUGGAAUGCCUUUCUAUGGGUACCAUGCAAAAGAAAAGCAGUUUAUGAAGAUCUACUUGUACAAUCCCUUGAUGACAAAGAGGGUCUGUGAGCUGUUACAAGGAGGAGCUGUUAUGAAUAAGAUUUAUCAACCCCAUGAGGCCCACAUACCAUACCUUCUGCAACUCUUUAUAGAUUACAACUUGUAUGGCAUGAAUCUAAUCAAUCUGGGAGCAGUGAAGUUCAGAAAGACAAGGAGAAAAGAUGAAAAUGGACAGCAAGUUAAAGGUGGAAUUUCUAACAAAAGCAGCAGAACAAAUGGCAGUUUUUGUAAGAGUCCUUCAACAUUAAAAAUCCAGCUUUCAGACUCAUCCCUGGGAGGUGUCUUUGUACGAUGGGAGGAAGAAGCCAUUCCGAGUUCCCUUGUUCUAGAAGAAGUUGAGAAACAAAGUACAUGUGAGCUAGAAGCAGAUGCAGUAGCAGCAGAUAUCUUGAAUCGCCUGGAAAUUGAAACUCAGAUUGGUAAAAACCCGGGCUUGCAAGCUAUUUGGGAAGAUGAAAAACAGAGACGGCGGGAAAAGAAUGAAUCUUCACAAAUUGAGUUUUUUGAAUCCCAAGAUCGUGGAUUUGUUGCUGCAGCUGAAAGUGAAAGAAUCUUUUUAACAAGACUAAAGGAAAUCUUAAAGCAGAAUGAUUUUCCUGUGUCCUUAACAGAGUCCCUGGAUGAAAACGAAGACACUGAUAUCUUUCCAGUUGACCUUUCUCUGCAUUCAGACCUGCUGACUCCAGAAGCUCUCCAGUGCACUCCAGCAAAUCUAGUUGAGGUUCACAAAGGCAACCAACCAGCAAUUAAUCGAAGGAGUGCUGACAACAGUGAACUUGCCGUUGUAGAUGAAGAAGCCAUUUUAAAUUUGCUGGAGUGCAGUCAAACCUUUCAGCCUUUGUCACAAAGACUUAUUCAAUCUCCUGUUUUUGAGAACAGUCAGGAUCAUUCUUUGGUGCAUUUACUAGCUGGUUUGGCAGAUGAUGGGUACCAGGCAGAUACAUCAAGAGUGCUUUCUCAGCAUCAGGCAUCUGGAUUCAGUAGCCAUGUACAGAACAGUGAUGAUGAGGAAGCAGAACCUGAACUGGAGCGACAAGAAGCUGAGCUUAGCUUAGUAAUGUCACAGCGGUGGGACAGUGAUAUCCCAGAUCACAACUCAAAAUGCAGGUCAUCCUAUAAGAAUGUUAACGAAAGUUCAAGUGAUGAUGAGAAUGAGUUCUCUGAAGAGGAAAUGGAAUGGAGUGGGAAUAGUUCUCUUUUUGCCAAUAUGUCAAUACCACAGCUUGAUGGUGCUGCUGAUGAAAAUGAAGAUUCAUCAUUAAAUGAGAAGAGCUCCAGAACUCAUUCAUCUUUAACUGCUACAGACAAGAUUCUUGGAAAGAGAAACCCAUUUCCCAGUGAAACUGUUAAUCUGGAACCACCUUCUGUAGCUAAGAUAGUACUAGAGUGCAAACAUCCACAAUCACUACAGAUUCACAACCUUGAAAAAGAUACCCCAUCUGAGAAGCACUUCCUUUCAAAAAGUUCUACAAUCCCAGAGGAUCAGACAGAUUAUACCUUUCGAUUCCCAGAUACAUGUAAUAUUGCACAUAAAACUGAAAAUACUCUCACGGAUGCUGCUAAAAUAGAUUUACCUCACAUUUUUUCCUAUGAAAAAAAAGUCACUACCAAGCUGGAAUCUGAUAGCAUUCCAUUUGAGAACAGUAAAGCUCAUACCAGAAGAAAAUACAUCCGCAUUAAAAAUCCAGAAAAAGGGAAAAUCACUCUGCUUCAGAAACGAAACUAUUCACUCUCUUAUUCAGAGAUUAGAAACUCUUCCAAUAAAUCUGAUCAGGAAUUCAAUCAAAAGAAAAAUGACGGUUCCUUGCUCAGAAUAAAUAGUCCAAAUGUUUUUCUUGAUGGAGAGGAUCGUUCAAUUUCACAGCAUGAUGGAGAUUACAGAAAAAACCACAAGAAGCCAGAUAUACGAGAGUUAAAAAUCAGGUAUGAGGAUUAUCAAGAGAAGAUGACUGAGAAAGCCAUUUGUAAUCAACAGGACGUUCACUACAAGUUCUUUCCUAGUGUAAUUCUAUCUAAUUGUCUUAAUAGAUCAGGCAAUAAGAGUCCUAAUAAGCUUGGCAAACUCGAUUAUGAUGACCGACGGUCAAGGCUAAAGCUCACUAAAAAGAGAACUGUUAAGGAAAGCAAAGAGGCAAAAGGAAUUGGAAGUGAGAGGGUGGGAAUUGAAAAAAAAGAUCAUUCUUGUCUAAUGGUAAAUUCUCCCUGUAUUCAGAUUUCUAAACAUGAGCAGUGGACACCUCCCUUAUGUUCUGAUGCAGACACACCUAUUAGUAAAGACACUAGCAGUGAAAACAGUCUAGCUGUAUCUUUGGUGUCCCAGUCUCAUGUCCGGCCAUGUUCAACACAGCUGUCUGGUUUACCUGGUAGUAAAUACAGAUUAAGAACUAAGCGUAAGGCAAGUUAUGACACUGAAGAUGGUGAACCUCGGCCUGGCUUCCAAAUGACAAAAUUAUUAAUGACUCCGUCAGAAACUUCAAAGGAUAACUAUAUUCUUAGUAAUCAUGAUUCUAAGUCACGAAAGCGCAAAAAGAUGAUAAAAAAGGAGCCUCCAAUUAUCAUUAAAUAUAUUAUUAUCAAUAGAUUCAAAGGGCAAAAGAACAUGCUAGUUAAACUGACCAAAGUGAAUGCUGAUGAAGAACAGGUUGUGCUGACUGCUGAGAGAUUAGAACAGUAUGAAAAGCUGGCUCCAUUGAAAGGUUUUUGGCCAAAGGUGCCAGAAUCAACUGCAAUUAAGUUUCCAGUCUCUUCACCGAAAACAAAAAAGUGUCCAAAGCGAAAAGCAAAGAUUCAUUCAGCAACGAAGAAAAAAGCAAACAGUACUCCAAAGGUAUUAGGUGGAAAGGUUAGAAGAAUAAGGAGGACUAAAUCCAAGAAAAAAAUGCUUACCCUGGCUACACUCCAUCCUCCUUCUCCCAGUUACAUUUCUGAAACCAAUGAUUACUCUGAAGAGUAUACUGAUGUUAUGUCCAAGCUGGGAUAUCUCUCUGAAAAAAAUACCAGUCCAGCAGAUGCCUCACCACCACGAUGUUGGUCACCUAGUGAUCCUGAGCCUCAGCUUCUAUUAGCUUUAGAACAAAAUGACAACUUGCCUGUUAGUGAUCUUGGGCCGAGCCUACUUGGUCAUGAAGCAGAAAAACCAGCACUUGGACGUGGAGUUCGCAAUAAAAUUCGCAGCAGCAAACUUAACAAAAUUGACUCCACUAGUCCAAAGAGGAGAAAACGGAGGACGAUUAAAAAUAUUACAGAAGGUAGGACUAUAACAAAGGAAUCCCCAAAGCAAAAAAUUGUUUGUAGAGGACAAGGAAGAAAAAAGAAAAACAUUGACCUGCUAUCUAGUACUGGACCAGGUCAAAUUUCACUUGGCACUAAGCAAAGCCGUAAAUCUCGGAAAAAAAAGAUUCUGGAAGAGCAGAACACAAAGAUUUGCAGUGAAAUAUAUGAAGGCUCUCAAGCUGUGUUUCCCGGAGAGGAUGUUCCUUUAUCUGGAUGUUCAUCUGGGCAUCUUCCUUCUUUUCAGACUACUACUUCAGGCAGUAGCGAAGGUGAUGUUCCAAAAGUAAGAGACACAAAUGGGAGCUCAGAGGCAACCUUAAGUGGAGAGAAGACUUUAAGGACUCACUCACAGAGUUCCAGGACAUUAGAGACAACCACAUCAGUGGUUCACCCAACAAUUUGUGAUGAGUCUGACCCUGCAAAUUCCUGCAGCCCCCAAAGUAUUGCCUCACAUUCAUGUUGUAACAAUGAAUCUCAUCAAAUAUCAUCACAUUCACAGCCGUUCCCAGGCCCAGGGUCACUAAAGGUAACUGACCUAGCUUCUACCCAGAAUGUCCUCUCUGUCAUACAGGCUACAAAGCCUUGUUGUAAUUCUACAACAUUAAAGUUAGAUGGAGCUGAUUCAAAUAACUCUUGUCAUUCUGUACAUUGCUAUACCAGUCCUGUAAAGCCUGCUCCACUUAAGUCACAAAUACUAUCUCCAUUACUCCUGAGCUGUAAGGAUCAACCUAAGCAGCCACCUGAUGUUAAGGAAGCAGCAAAACCUGCAAAACGCUCCAGCAAGAAAAAAAUUCCUGAAAACAAAGAAAAAAUGGAUGGUUUUGGAAUUGCACGUUUCACACCUAUAAGAAUAAAAUCUUUGGCUAGUUUAUCAUUAGUGAAUAAAAUGGAAAGUUCCACAGACAUUAUGCCUUCUAAUUCCUGCAAGAAUGGAGAAAAUUUGUCCCCUGUAGCUGAUACACCUGUUGGGCUUGCAGUCCUAAAAGAACUUCUUCAUAAAAAACAACAGAAAGUACAAGAAAGUGCUCCAUUUCAGGAUGUUUCCAGCAUACACUAUUUAAUUAAGAAUGAUAUUUGCUCUACAAACAAGCCUGUCAAAGUGAGAAAAGCAAGAAAACCACGAACUCCUAAAACACCUAACCUGAAACAAAAGAAACCUAGAUGCAAAAAAGAAAAAUCAGCAAAGCAGGAAGAACCAGUUAAUCCUGAUUGCUCUUUAUCAGAUAACAGCCCAGUGUUUCCUUCAGACCCAGGGUUCGAAAGUUGUUACUCUUUUGAAGAUAGCUUAUCACCUGAGAUGCCUCACAACUAUAACUUUGAUAUCAAUACAAUUGGCCAAACUGAAUUUUGUGGUCUUUAUAUGGGCAGUCAGUUUGUGCCAGCUGAUAAGAACUUACCUCAAAAGUUUCUGAGUGAUGUGGUACAGGAGCCUGUUACUGGGUUGAUGCUAGGUUUGGCAAAUACUACUGAGAAGUCGUGUUCUGCCUUUGAAAGCCAGCAGCCUUAUCCUGGACCUGAAUACUUGAAAAGUGGCACACUGAGCCCUGAACUUUUUGAAAAGGUAUCUGGAGAAAGGCAGAGAUCUUCUUGUCCUGAAAAGGAGCAAGAUUUUAAUAGUUCGCUAAAUCAGCAAAUUAAAAAUGCAGUUGACAGCGAUGAGGGUGCUGUCCAGUCAGAGAGAAGAAACUCGUUGAACUGUGCCGAUGCUUUCUUUCCGCUUCCCAUAAACACAGCUUCUUUUGUAGAACUUCUUGGUUCUCCUACCAGAGAUCUAAUAGAAGGAACUGAUGUGCUGAUAGCAACUCCAAAUAGUUCCCCAAGAUCCAUUAGUUCUCUGUCUCAAUUAAAAAAUGCCAGUCUCCCACUUCGCAGCACUGGAGGGGCACAUAUUCUCAAGCCACUGAUGUCCCCCCCAAGCCGUGAUGAGAUUAUGUCAACGUUGUUGGAUAUGGAUCUUACAGAGACUGCUUAUCAAGAGCCAUUUUGUAGUGAUCCUUCAGAUGUUCCAGGAAAGCCAAGGCAAAUUGGAGGUCGUGUCCUUUCAAUAGAGUCCAGGCUAGGGGAUGGACUGGCUGAAUUUGAAGGAGAUUUCACACUAGAAGGAUUGCAGCUAUGGAAAACUGCAUUUUCUGCAAUGACACAGGUGGGAUGUGCUCCUCUAAAUGGAUCCAACCUUUUGAACAACAUUGGACGUGACCAAGUAAAACACAACUCUAAAGACAAUGAUCAGAAGGUGGUGAUUAUGCCUUGCAAAAGUGCACCCAGCUAUCAACGUGUACAGUUGUGGCUCCAGGCUAAGAAGGAGUAUGAUCGUAGCUGUAAAACAACAAAGAUGAAAAUGGAAGAAAAGGAAGAGGUGGACAAAUUCUGUGUAGCAGUUCACUCUGAGGGUAAUGAAGCAGAGUCCACAAAGGGGUUGACAAAUGAAAAAAGCUCUCCAGAACCAGUGGCUCCAGAAAAGGUUUCCUGUCUUUCAGCUAAAGAGAAGAAUAAUUCUCAUCGUUUUAUGCCUCUCAGUAAUAUUUCUGCUAAAACCUCACAAGCAGAAAGAUCUCAUCCUCUUGCAGUCAGGGUAGAGCAAGAAGAUGAUGUAGAGGAUUCUUCUCAAGACUAUAGUUCUCCAGAUUCUGCAGUACUUACCCCUUGGCAGCAGACAGUUUCACCUGAUUCCUGCAAGGGGUGUUUGGAAAAGGAAGAGGACAAAGAACACAGAUAUAAAAGGACUCCUCAAAGAUACCACUAUGGUUGCACAGAACUCAGCUUGUCAAAUCUGGACACUCCUUUGACUACAAAGGGACAAAAUAAACAGGAAGAGAAACGGACUCCAGAUUUAUGUUCUCCAGUAUCUUCUGAAUUAUCAAGCCAGUUUCUGCUUUAUGCUUCCCCAGUAAUCCAGAAAAGAAAUGCAGGCUUUUCUGAACCCAUUUGCUCAACCCCAGUAUCCACAAAAGAUUCUAAAUCCCAUAAAUUGAAUCAGCGAAGAACUUGUAAUACUGAUAGCCUAAGAAGGGUUCUGCUAACAACCCAAAUGAAGAAUCAGUUUGCUGCCUUAAAUGAACCUAACAAAGAUUCUUCACAAAUUGAAGGACCAACCCUUAAUAAUUCCUAUGGUUUCAAAGUCAGUAUCCAAAACCUUCAGGAUGCCAAAGCCCUCCAUGAGGUACAGUACUUGACCUUAAUGACCAUGGAGCUGCAUGCCCGCACCAGAAGAGACUUGGAAGCAGACCCUGAAUUUGACCCCAUAUGUGCCUUAUUUUAUUGUAUCACCUCUGAUGCGCCACUACCUGAAACAGACAAAACUCAACUUACAGGUGCAAUUGUUGUAGACAAAGACUGCAGUAGCGUUGGACAAGGUACAAGAGAAACCGCACCUCUCCUAGUGAGAUCUGGAAUCACUGGUCUGCAGGUUACCUAUGCAACUGACGAAAACCAGCUGUUUCAAGAACUGGAGCAUAUAAUCAGAAGGUAUGAUCCAGACGUAUUGCUGGGGUAUGAGGUUCAAAUGCACUCGUGGGGUUACCUUUUGCAGAGGGCUGCAGUUCUCAAUGUUGACCUCUGUCAGCAGCUUUCACGAGUACCAGGUGAUUCAAAGGAAAACAGGUUUUCCACAGAUCUUGAUGAAUAUGGCUCCGAUACCAUGUCUGAAAUUCAUAUCAUAGGCAGAAUUGUUCUAAAUAUUUGGAGAAUGAUGAAGAGUGAGGUGACACUAAAUAACUACAGUUUUGAAAAUGUGGCAUUCCAUGUGCUUCAUCAGAGGUUUCCACUUUUCACUCCUCGUGUUCUUUCUGACUGGUUUGAUAACAAGACUGACAUCUACAGAUGGAGAAUGGUAGACCACUACAUCAGCCGUGUCCAGUGCACCUUGCAGCUUUUGGAACAACAUGACUUAAUUGGGAGGACAAGUGAGCUUGCCAGGCUCUUUGGAAUUCAGUUUUAUCAUGUAUUGACAAGAGGUUCACAGUACCGUGUGGAGUCAAUGAUGCUGCGACUUGCAAAGCCAAUGAACUACAUUGCUCUUACCCCAAGCAGGCAGCAACGAGCACAAAUGAGAGCACCACAGUGUAUACCUCUUGUAAUGGAGCCAGAGUCUCGUUUCUACAGUAAUUCUGUCAUUGUCCUAGAUUUCCAGUCCUUGUAUCCCUCUAUUGUCAUAGCCUACAACUACUGCUACACCACUUGCUUGGGUCAUGUAGAGAAUCUUGGAAGUCACGAUGAAUUCAAGUUUGGCUGUGCAUCUCUGAGGGUUCCUCCAGACUUGCUGUGCUUGCUUAGGAAUGACAUCACGGUGUCUCCAAAUGGUGUUGCCUUUGUUAAGGCAUCUGUUAGGAAGGGAGUAAUGCCCAGCAUGCUAGAAGACAUUCUCAACACAAGAAUCAUGGUAAAACAGUCCAUGAAGGCAUAUAAGAAUGACAGAGCCAUCACUCGGAUGUUGGAUGCUCGACAGCUUGGUCUUAAACUCAUUUCCAAUGUCACUUAUGGGUAUACUGCUGCUAACUUCUCAGGAAGGAUGCCAUGUUCCGAGGUUGGUGACAGCAUUGUUAACAAAGCCAGAGAGACACUUGAGCAGGCAAUCAAGCUGGUUAAUGAAACAAAGAAAUGGGGUGCUCAUGUUGUGUAUGGAGACACAGACAGCAUGUUUGUGUUAUUAAAAGGUGCCACCAAAGAGCAGGCUUUUAAAAUUGGGCAAGAGAUUGCAGAAGCUGUAACAUCUAGAAACCCCAAACCAGUCAAAUUAAAAUUUGAAAAGGUAUAUUUGCCUUCUGUUUUGCAAACAAAAAAGAGAUAUGUAGGUUAUAUGUAUGAGACAAUGGACCAGAAGGACCCUAUUUUUGAUGCCAAAGGCAUUGAGACAGUUAGAAGAGAUGGAUGUCCUGCUGUUGCAAAGAUUCUUGAACGCUCUCUUAAAUUGCUGUUUGAGACCAGGGACAUCAGCCAGAUUAAGCAGUAUAUCAUGAGACAGUGCCUGAAGAUCUUGGAGGGCAAAGCCAGCAUGCAAGAUUUAACAUUUGCUAAGGAGUAUAGAGGCAGCAACUCCUACCGCCCUGGUGCCUGUGUGCCUGCUCUCGAGCUGACAAGGCGCAUGCUGUCUUACGAUAGGCGGUCUGAGCCUCGAGUUGGCGAGAGGGUUCCUUAUGUCAUAGUUUACGGGAUUCCUGGGUUACCUCUUAUACAGCUGGUUCGACGGCCAAUUGAAGUCCUCCAGGAUCCUACUCUUCGGCUGAAUGCAGUCUAUUACAUCACCAAACAGAUCCUGCCACCCUUGGACAGAGUGUUCUCACUAAUUGGAGUGGAUGUGUUUGGUUGGUACCAGGAGCUCCCCAGGAUCCAGAAAGCAGCAACUUCUGGGGGCAUUGAACAGGCCGGCCAUAAAGGAACCAUCUCGCAGUACUUCACCACUUUGCACUGCCCUGUGUGUAAUGACCUAACACAGCUUGGCAUUUGCAGUAAAUGCCGGACACAGCCACAGCAAGUAGCCAUCAUCCUGCAUCAGGAGAUUCAUGGCUGGGAGCGCAGGCAGGAGCAACUCCUCAAGAUAUGCAAGAGCUGUACUGGAUGCGUAGACCGGCAUGUGCAAUGUGUGUGCUUAGAUUGUCCGGUAUUGCACAAACUGUCCAGAGUGAACCGGGAACUCUCCAAGGCCCCAUACCUCCGGCAGCUUUUGGACCAGUUCUGAUUCUGUGGAUGUGGAAGGUCCUCCCCUCUAAGAAUGGAGCAAAAGUUACUACCCAAGCCUCUCGCUGUUGGCACACAGUACCCCCCACUGCCACCACAACAACCACCCACUCUACCCUAUCAAAAUGGUGCUUCAGUUAACCAUUCAGGUUAUUUUUUGUAACAUAUGCUUUUAUGAGGAGCCCCUAGCCUGUGGGCCCAUGCCAGAUGAUGUGCUGUGUUGGGAGAAAAAUGACCCCCCCCAUGAUGACCAUACAGUACACUAGCUGCUCCAAUGUUUUUCUAAGAGAUCGCAGACUUUUGGCCCUUUGGACUGUCAUUUUUCAUAAGAAUUUGAGGAAUGGAAGGCCAUCAGCUUACACAAGAAUGCGCUGUAGCAAUCUCGGAAUUGCAUACUCUAGAGUCUAGUUAAGUGACCCUUAAAACAGGUAACAGCAAAAAGAUAUUUAACUGAAUAACCACUGUUUAAAAGAAACAAUUUCUAUAACUGUGUAACAGAAAAGAAAAAAAAUUGUAAAUAGAAAAAUUUUCCUUGUAAAGUGGCUGGUUGAGUCUUUAUGUGCACCAAACCUUCAAAACAAAACUCCCCCACGAUGUCCUCCUCGUCCUCGUCUGCUGGUUUUCCUAGGUAUGUGUGACGGUGCGACGUGUCCGCUUCUCCGUUUGUUUCACGCUUGACAAGACGUUUCUUUUGUGUGUGUUUUUAGUUUUGUUUUCCCCGUGUGCAAAUCAUCUUCGUUAUUGGUUGGCUGCCUGGAAGACGGAAGGGAACGGCAUCCGAAGCUGAGUUUUCAAAAGCUUUUUGGGACUGUUGCAAUACUGUAUUUUGAUAAUUUAUGGCGAGAGUAUAUAUUAUUUCUUUGUGCACAUUUCCGCAUUUCUAAUGCUUUCUAUUUGCUCAACAGUAAAUGUUCCCAACCUAUGUAAAAACUAAUUAUAUAAUUUGCCAAACUAUUAUACACAAGAUAUGUGUAUUUGUAUAACUGUAUAAAAAAGGACUGUGAUGGACAUGUUUUUUAAAAUUAAUUUUUCUGUGGGUGGAGGUUAAAAUAAUCUGACUGAUUUAAUAAAACUCAAUGUAUGGUAUUGCUACGUAUUGCAAAGCCUUAA